GCAGCCACCACCCCCACCCCACCGCCACCCCCCCAACUCAUCCAACCAGCACAGAUGCCGGCCCGCAGGAGGAGUUUCUUCGGCAAGACGAGGAAGGAGGAGGAUUUCCGGCGGGGGAAUUGCCUCUUUGAGACCUACUACUGCAACAGCCAGCAGCAACCGCUCACCCUCAUGGUGCUGGCCAUCAUCCUGGGCAUCUGCCUGGCACUCCUCGCCAUCUUCUUCAUCCGCGGCCUGGAAGUGUCGAAGAACCUGGCUUUCAUCAUCACAGUCUUUGUCGCCCUGGGAGUCUUCUUCGUCACGCUGGUCCUCGUCUGCAUCGAGUCCGUCUUCCAGAAGGGCAGGAGGGCCUUCGCGCUCUUCAUCUGGGCCUGCCUCGUCGCCAUGGGUUACGUCUUCAUCUUCGAGGGCGGGGUGAUCAGCGCCUGGGAUCAGGUUUCCUUCUUCCUAUUCAUCUCCUUCAUCGUGUACACCAUGCUGCCGCUGUGUAUGAGGGACGCCAUCAUCGCUAGCCUGCUGUCCUCUGUGUCCCAUAUCGUGUCGCUCAGCAUCUACCUCUCACUCUCCGAGCAGCCACACGUGCAGCUGCCGCACCAGCUAUUGGCCAAUGCGGUGGUAUUUAUCUGCGGUAACCUGGUUGGGGCCUACCACAAGCACCUGAUGGAGCGGGCUCUGCAGAAGACCUUCAAGGACACCCUGAACUGCAUCAAGUCGCACAUGAAACUCGAGUCCGAGAAAAAGCAACAGGACCACCUCCUGCUCUCGGUGCUGCCCCUCUACAUCGCCUUGGAAAUGAAGGCUGAGAUUAUCGAGCGACUGACCGGUCCCAAACACGGGCAGCCGCAGCUGGAGAACACCAACAACUUCCAUAACCUGUACGUGAAGCAUCACCGGGACGUCAGCAUCCUCUACGCAGACAUCGUGGGCUUCACUCGGCUGGCCAGCGAGUGCUCCCCCAAGGAACUGGUCCUGAUGCUGAACGAGCUUUUCGGGAAAUUCGACCAGAUCGCCAAGGACAACGAGUGUAUGAGGAUUAAGAUCCUGGGCGACUGCUAUUACUGUGUCUCAGGCCUGCCGGUCUCGCUCCCCACGCACGCUAGGAGCUGCGUCAAGAUGGGCCUCGACAUGUGUCAAGCCAUUAAGAAGCUUCGUGAUGCCACAGGGGUCGACAUCAACAUGCGAGUGGGUGUUCACUCGGGGAAUGUCCUGUGUGGGGUCAUCGGACUCCAAAAAUGGCAAUACGAUGUCUGGUCACAUGACGUUACACUCGCCAAUCACAUGGAGGCUGGUGGUGUCCCUGGGCGAGUGCACAUCACGGACUCCACCCUGCACCACCUGGGCGGAGCGUACCAGGUGCAGGAGGGCAACGGGCACCUGAGAGACCCCUACCUGAAGGAGCACCGCAUCGUCACGUACUUGGUCGUGGACCCUCGGGCCGAGGAGGAAUACUGCGAGGAGUCCCUGCUGCAGGACCCCGGCGACUGCGCCAAGAUCAGGGCCUCGGUGCGCAUGACCCGCUACCUGGAAUCGUGGGGAGCCGCCAAGCCCUUUGCCCACCUCCAUCACCGAGACAGCCUGCCCGUUGAGACGCCAACCUUCAACCACAUGGACAUCCCGAUGGGAAAUAUUGCCUCACAUCGGAACCUCGACAGGUAUCGGUCUCAGAGGGGUCUGGAGGAGGAAAUGCAUGAGAAGAUAAGCGAAGUGAUCGAUGGGCUGAAUUCCCAUAGGCAGUGGGUGAAAUCCGAGCACUUUAACCGGGUCACCCUGUACUUCAACACCAAGUCCAUGGAGAAGAAGUACCGGUCCACCUGUAUUCCAGCCUUCAUGUACUACACAGCCUGUGCCUGUCUCAUCUUCACCUGUAACUUCAUCAUUCAGAUCCUCGUCUCACAGAAGAACGUGGCGCUCGGAAUCUCCUAUGGUGUCUCCUUCUUCCUCUUCCUGCUCAUCCUCUUCAGCUGCUUCGCCGGCCAAUUCUCGAAAUGCACCCAGAAGGGUCCCACAGGUCUCCAGUGGAUCUCCUCCAUCUCGGCCUCGGUGAGCAGUCAGCCCUGGCUUCGUGUCUCCCUUGCCAUCGUCACCAUCGUCAUGGUGCUCACCAUGGCGCUCUUCAACUUUUUUUUCCUUCCAGAAACAUCCGGCCCCGUUCCGUGCGACAACUUGAAUCACUCCCUGACGGCCAGCGAGGAAGAGGGGACCUUUGACGCUCGGCUUCUCUUCACUGUCCCGUAUUACGUGUACUGCUGCCUCCUUGGACUGCUGUCCUGCUCCCUGUUCUUCCGCAUGAACUUCGAGCUCAAGAUGAUCCUGCUGGCCGUGGCGCUGGUCGUCUACAACGUCAUCUUCCUCUACACCCACGCCGGAGCGUCCGACUACUACACGUGCCACCUCUACCCCAAUGCCUCGCUGGAAGGCGGACAACGUCCCGGCGUCUUAAAGGAUCCCAAGCUGAUGGGGAGCAUCUCGUUCUUCAUCUUCUUCUUCACCCUCCUCGUUCUGGCGAGGCAGAACGAGUACAGCUGCCGCCUGGACUUCCUGUGGAAGAGGAAAUUCCGGCAGGAGCGGGAGAAGAUCGAGACUAUGGAGAACCUGAACCGCGUGCUCCUGGAGAAUGUUCUGCCGGCCCAUGUGGCCGUGCAGUUCAUCGGGCAGCACCGCAAGAACGAGGACCUCUACCACCAGUCGUACGACUGUGUCUGCAUCAUGUUCGCCUCCAUCCCGGACUUCAAGGAGUUUUACUCCGAGUCGGACGUCAACCGGGAGGGGCUGGAGUGCCUGCGGCUGCUGAACGAGAUCAUCGCUGACUUUGAUGAGCUCCUAUCGAAGCCCAAAUUCAGCGGGGUGGAGAAGAUCAAGACCAUUGGCAGCACAUACAUGGCCGCUUCGGGACUCAACGCCGCUCUCGGGCAGGAAGGCCCCCAGGACACCGAGCGCAACUGCACGCACAUUGGGGUGAUGGUGGAGUUUGCGGUAGCCAUGAUGGGGAAGCUGGACUUCAUCAACAAGCACUCAUUCAACAACUUCAAGCUGAGAAUCGGAAUCAACCACGGGCCGGUAGUGGCAGGGGUGAUAGGCGCACAGAAGCCGCAGUACGACAUCUGGGGCAACAGUGUCAACGUGGCCAGCAGGAUGGACAGCACCGGGGUCCUGGGCAGAAUACAGGUGACGGAGGAGACCAGCGCCGUCCUGUGCCGCCUGGGCUACACCUGCCACAGCCGGGGCGCCAUCACGGUGAAGGGCAAGGGCGAGCUCUGCACCUACUUCGUCUCCACCGACCUGGCCCGCUCCAGCUCCCAGGCCAACAUGCUGAACUGAGGGGUGGGCGUGGGCCCUACCCGCCGGCCCCCCUGCAACGCCCGGCUCCCCCAACACGCAUCCCACCACCCCAC